UAACAAUGACCAGAACUCACAAGUGGACAAAGCACGAGGCUAAGGCCCAGUCCCACUACUUCACCCACAAUGGCCACUCCGACACCAACCCAAACAAGACCAAGAAGAACGGAGCCGGGAAGGGCAAUUGGGGCUCGCCAGGCGACGAGCUCGAGGAUCUGAUCAACAGAGGCGAGAUUCCACCGGUGGCUGGCAAGGCAAGACGGGGCUCCAACGCGUCCCAGCACGAGGAGAAGUUUGACCAGGUUCAGAAGUAUGACGAGCUGAUCAAGGAGGAGUGAUAGAGACGUGCAAUUUGAUGACACUUUAGAG